ACUCGUUCUUCGACUAAUGAAGAAGGCUUUACUGCGGUUGAACAGAAGCCAAUUCCCACUUCCACCUUCUUAAUUUCAAUCUUUGCGCGCAAUUUCUAUCGAUUCAAACUUUGUGCUCUAAUUUUAGCCUUCAUAAUCAACUUCCUGCUUUUGUUCUACAAGAUUGAGAGGCGACCGGCUGGGGGCGAAGAAGACAUAGAAGAAGCUGGCCUUGGAGCUGCUUUUGUGACAUCAAUUUCGGACACGGUAUCUAAUAUUGCUGAUUCACUUCAGAAUUCUGAAGGUGAUAUUGGAUUUGACGCCGAAGAAGAGGAAUUCAUAACUUUAGCGGAUUCCGAUUCCUACUUAGGUCCUCUGCUUAAGUUUCUCGCCAUUGCUCACUCAAUGCUCUCAUUUGGCAUGUUGGUUGCAUACUACUUUUUGAAAGUGCCUUUAGUUAUAUUCAAACGCGAAAAGGAGAUUUCCCGAAUGUUGGAAUUUGAAGGAAUUUGGAUAGCUGAGCAACCUCCUGACGAUGGUCUACGCGCUCAGUGGGAUAAACUGGUGCUUUCAACACCCAGUUUCCCCCACAUGUAUUGGGAUAAGUUCGUCAAAAAGAAAGUUCUGAAAAAGUAUCGGGAACAAUAUGACCAGAGGCAGAUUAUUCGUCUGCUUGGAAUGAAACCGGGUUCAACAAAUAACGGUGCGAGUCCAAUGAAAGAUCGGCCAGAAGAAACCACAGGCACCUGGUUCUAUCCAACUUGGCUGCAAGAAAUGGAUCUACAAUACCUGCUUUGGAAAUGGGGCGUUAUUUUCACGGAUAAUUCGUUCCUUUACCUUGUUGUAUACUUCAUUGUCUCGUUGCUUGGAAAUAUGAACUACUUCUUCUUCUCAUGUCAUCUUCUUGAUGUGGCGAUCUCAUUCAAGACGCUUGCUACAAUUGUCCAAUCCGUAACACACAACGGAAAACAGGUUAGCUCUUCAUACCUUUGGGUCCAGUUUAAAGAUAGAACUAAUUUAAACAUCCCAAUUCAGCAAACUCCUUACUGA